AAAUUGUGGCGAGGUGACGAGGCGGUGGAAGUGAUCGGGCCGGUGCGAGUGCUUCAUCGAUACGUCAACAUGCCGGAACAGUCAGCGGAGUUCUACAACGAGACGACGAAGAAGCUGGAGGAGGUGCACGGCUGCGUACCGGCGAUGGGUUACAGCUUCGCGGCCGGCACGACCGACGGGCCCGGCUCGUUCGCGUUCGAGCAAGGAACGACGACGUCGAAUCCCUUCUGGAACACCGUGCGAAACUUCCUGGCCGCCCCCACGAACAACGACAUCAGCUGUCAUAGUCCGAAGCCUAUUUUAUUAGCCACCGGACGGAUGAGGCUCCCCUAUCAGUGGCAGCCGAAAAUCGUCUCGACGCAAAUCGCCAUGAUCGGCGGCGUCGUUAUCGCCGGCGUGCCCGGUGAGUUCACGACAAUGUCCGGAAGGAGGUUGCGAGAGACCAUCAAGAAAGUCAUGAACGAUGCGUCGGACGUCGAAACGUCCGUAAUACUCGCGGGGCUCUGCAAUGUUUACAGCGAUUACGUAACGACGCCCGAGGAGUAUCAGAUACAGAGAUACGAAGGCGCAUCGACGAUUUAUGGUCCGCAUACGCUUACAAUAUACUUGAAGCAAUACGAGGAGCUGGCGCAGGCGAUUGUUCAAAAUAAAUCCGUGCCGCCAGGACCGCCCGCCCCGGAGCUGCUGCAGAGCAACCUGAUCACCCUCGUGCCGCCCGUGCUGUACGACACCCCGCUGUGGAAGCGCAACUUCGGGGACGUUAUCCAGCAGCCGGAGAAAGUCGCGUCGCCCGGUAACACGAUUACGGCGAGCUUCGUUGCCGGUCAUCCACGUAACAAUCGAAUGACCGAGAGCACGUUCUUAACUGUGGAGCGAUUAGAGGAGGACGAAGUUUGGAUACCAGUUGCGACGGACGCCGAUUGGGAGACCAAAUUUCAAUGGAGGCGAACUUCUAUGAUACUGGGGUCGAGUCAGGUGACCAUUACGUGGGAAAUCCCGCAGGACGUUAAACCGGGUGAAUAUCGCAUCAGACAUAAUGGUUAUUAUCGCUACGUCCUUGGCGGCGUGUAUCCUUACUACGGUGUCACCAAUCAUUUUCAGGUAAAAGUUCCUGUACGUCGACGUUAUGGAUUAUAAUCAUUUGGUGCCACUCUUGUCUCUCGCCGCGUGUGUAUUUUUAGUCGACGGAAAACUAUUGAGCUUACUUUACAAUUAAAUUGUGCCUGCUCGAAAUUUAUUUUAAUGUGUAAAUAGAUAAUCUGUUUGAAUAAAUAAUAGCAAAGAGAAAGGAACGAGCAGUAUGUGAAUAUGAUUGUUUCUGUUUAAAAGAGAUUGCGUUUUUUUUUCGUAUUUUCAUGUACAUAGCUUAUACGUAAAAUAAAUCGUUUUCUCUCUUUUCACAUAGAUAUAGGUAUUCCCUCGUUUAAUAAUGUCCUCUCUCUCCAUCUUCACGUACUCUUUUAGUUUGACAAGGAAAUUAUUACGCUUAGUUUACAUUUAAAUUGUGCCUGUGUUCCUAAAAAAAUUGUUUUAUAGCGUGAUAUAGAAAUUUUAUUCUAUUUCAAUGAAGAAUAGCGAAAGAACGAGCUGUGUGUGGAUACGAAAUAAACGACUGUUUUUUAUUUGUUUGAUAGGUACCGUGUGUUUUUACGUAUCUUUAUAUAACGCAAGCUUGCAUACAUGAAAUAAAUAGUUUCCUUUCUUUAUAUAGAUAUAUUCUCUCGGAUUUAAUAACUUCCGAUAAUAUACUAUUAAGUUUCGGAUUUUCUUCGGAUGACUUUUUCUUAUUAUAUAGUUUUAAUUUUCAGGUAGAAAGAUUGUAACAGGUGUAAUAUCAUGAUUUGCGUCCGAUUGACAAUAAAGCGGAAUAUUACUUUAUUGAUUUUAUUUCUGAAUUCGGCCUAAAAGUACUGUUAUUUCAAAAAAUAUUAAUCGACUUAGUAAUCGAAUAAAUUGCCAUAUAUCAAAUUGCUGUGCCACACAACUUAUUUUAAUGGAUGAAACGUUUUGCUCCUCCGGAUUUUAUAACAUAGAAACGUUGAACGGCACAAACUCACAGGAUUGGACAUUUAAAAUAUCUAGAGAAACUUUGGAUUUAAAAGUAGUUCAAAACUUGCCACUCUUAUACUUUAG